AUGAAGUUGACAUCACCUGAUAUCCAUAAGGACAUUUCAUGUGCUAUUUCAACUGAAAUUAUCAAUGCAAUCAUCAGAGAUAUUGGUGAUUCAUUAUUUGCAAUUCUUGUUGAUGAAUCAUGUGACAUGUCUUCAAAGGAGCAGAUGGCAAUUGUGCUACGUUAUGUGGAUAAAGGUCGGGUAAUUGAACGUUUUGUAGGUAUUGUGCAUGUUACAGAUACUAAAUCUUCCUCACUCAAGUUAGCCGUUGAUGAUUUCUUUUCGAGACAUGGAUUAAGCAUCUCUAGAUUGCGAGGGCAAGGUUAUGAUGGCGCAAGUAAUAUGAGAGCUCUAGUAGUUGUGGCAAAGAAACAUUCAGAAAUUGCAGGUUUAUUUACUAUGGUUUCUAAUGUGGUGAAUGUUGUGGGUGCAUCCGCUAAGCGUCGUGAUAUGCUAAGAGAAAAGCAUGCUGAUGCAAUUUUUGAAGCACUCAAUAAUAAUGAGCUCUUAAGUGGGCAAGGCCUGAAUCAAGAAAUCAUCUCGCAUAUAACAUUUUUAAAGUCAAAUAGCUAUUAUUCCACACUUCUCAAUUUCAAGCACAUAGAAAUUUUGGGAAUCACAAACGACUUGUCUCAGGCAUUACAAAAGAAAGAUCAAGAUAUUGUGAAUGCCAUGGACUUGGUCAAAAUAUGUAAAGGAAGAUUGCAAAGCAUGAGAGAUAAUGGUUGGGAUUCUUUACUUGAUCAAGUUUCUUUCUUUUGUGGCAAGUAUCAUAUUGAAAUUCCUAAAAUGGAUGAUAUUUUUUCCAGUGGAGGGAGACCAAAGCGUAAAGCUCAGCCUAUCACAAACUUACAUCAUUAUCGUGUUGAUUUAUUCGUUGAUGUCAUUGAUAUUCAGCUCCGAGAGUUAAAUGAUCGGUUCAAUGAGAAGAAUACUGAAUUACUUCUUUGUAUGGCAUGCUUGAGUCCAAGUAAUUCAUUCUCUGCUUUUGAUAAAGCAAAGUUGAUGCGACUUGCCCAAUUUUAUCCAAGAGAUUUUUCUAAGCAUGACCUCAAAUUACUUGAAGAUCAACUUGAGAAUUACAUUUGGGACGUGAGCUCUAACAAUGAAUUUACAGAAUUGAAAGGGAUUAGUGAUCUUGCGCAAAAGAUGGUUGAGACAAAUAAAGAUAAGAUCUAUCCUUUAGUGUACUUGCUUCUGACACUAGCACUAAUCCUAUCUGUUGCGACUGCAAGUGUAGAGCGAGUAUUUUCUGCUAUGAAUAUUGUGAAGAAUCGGUUACGCAAUCGAAUGGGGGAUUUGUGGAUGAAUGAUAGCUUGGUUGCAUAUAUUGAGAAAGACAUUUUUAAUAGUAUAGAUGACGAGGUUGUUAUGCAACGAUUUCAAAAUAUGAAAACUCGUCGAGGACAAUUAUGA